AUGAGCACAAAAUUGCAUGCUACACUAGUGGCAACAGACGAAAGGUCGAAGUCGGAUCUAGAAUGUUCUUCAUGUGGUUUAAUUGCCAAUUUUGCGUGUAUUGAUCAUUGUAAAGCUGUUCUUUGUGCUCAAUGUACUAACAAACAUCGUGCUGAUGUUAUUCGACAAAUGCGUGAACUUUUCAAACGAUUGAAACUGUACCAAAUGAAAUUGGCUAACUCCACUAAUAUAGCAGACAGAAAAUAUGUUCAAAAAUUAAAUGCUCUAGAAAAAAACACCGAUAAUCCUAUAGAUUCCAAUUUAUUGUCUUUGGAAAGUGAUUUAAUUAUUCUCAAGGAACAUAUUGAAAAGAAUCAUUUACUUGAUGCAAAAAUACUUGCUGACUUAGAUAGGCGUCUCAAUGAUCAAAUAGAACAAAUUACUAAAAAGUCUCCAUCUCUUACGACUUCUCAUAAUUUCGAUACGAACAUAAUUUUACUUCGUCGCUCUCGUGUAAGAGCACAAACAGCAAGAGGAAAUUGGUCGAAGACAAUUACUGUCUCACUCAACAUUCAAAAAGAUUUUCCACUUCCUAUCGAACGUUCCUUUUCGAUGGGUCCACAUCCAAUAGCAGUUUCACUGGUUGAUUCCUACCUAGAAACAGUCUUUUGUCAAGGUCGAGAUAAUAGUGUCAUACUAUUUAGUUUAUUAUCCAUUGAUGUGUACACACGUGGUUCUGGUUUAGCUUGGUCUAUUCCUAUUAGCCGAGUGUUGGGCAAUGUGAAAGAUAAGAUCUUUGCGGGUGUUUGGUGCUUUUACACUGAACGGUUAAUUCUUGUUGGUCGAUAUCAUUUUUACAUGUUUGAUAUUGAUCGGCAACGAUUUCGAUGUGUUUGA